AUGAGCACUCCAAACUACUCGAAAAAGGAUGGAGUGCCUGAAGAAACGGCGGCGGUGACCGAAAUGGCUACUCAGCAAGAGCAACAACCACAAGAAGUUCCUUCAACCUUCUGCAUGGAUGUAAAAGUUACAAAAGAUUCCGGGAAGAGAUCACCAUCACCGUCAACGGUUUCGCUGAAGAGUUUGCCCAAAACGCCACCGCCAUCCGCUGAAAAUAAUGCGAACAUCCAGCAAACCGUUCCCAAGCAGCCACCUCACCUCGAUCAGUUGUUGGAACAGUUUCUUACGUAUGAAUCUAGUCUUUCGAUGACCGACUACAUCAAACGAUUCUAUCAAAUUCGACUAGAACAAGAGGCGCUUCGUAACGAUCCUGAGCUGUCGGUGAAAUGUGCUUCAGAAAGUGUUCAUGUGAUGCGUAACCGAUACAGGGACAUUCUGCCUUGUUAG